CCGGUGCGUUCUCUCGUUACAGUUCGUCAAGAUCUUGGCUGUGAGAGCAGCAAAGGUUCCGGCGUGAGAUUGUGUUUAAGACUUCCCAUUCCCAUUUGCACUCGGAUGAAGUGGUUAGAACCGAAAGGGGGAAGCUGGAGUCAAACAAUUAAACUCAACUAUCUGGGAACGAUUUUGCGCUGUGCAAGACGCCCCAGGACUUGUAGUUCCUGUCCCGGGAAGCGACCCGCCGGACUGACAGCUGCCGGAAGUGAGGCUGCGCGGAAUGGCCGCCGCCGCGACGAUGGCGGCCGCCGCCCGGGAGCUGGUGCUGCGGGCCGGGGCCUCGGAUAUGGAGGAGGAGGAGGGCCCACUGGGGGGUGGUCCUGGUCUUCAGGAGCCAUUGCAACUCGGAGAGUUGGACAUCACCUCCGAUGAAUUCAUCCUGGAUGAAGUGGACGUUCACAUUCAGGCGAAUCUGGAGGAUGAGUUAGUGAAGGAAGCUCUUAAAACGGGUGUGGAUCUCCGUCACUAUUCAAAGCAGGUUGAGCUGGAGCUUCAGCAGAUUGAGCAGAAAUCCAUUCGAGAUUAUAUCCAAGAGAGUGAGAACAUAGCCUCGCUGCACAACCAGAUCACAGCCUGCGAUGCUGUCCUUGAGCGCAUGGAGCAGAUGUUGGGAGCUUUUCAGAGUGACCUCAGCUCCAUCAGCUCUGAGAUCCGGACACUGCAGGAACAGUCAGGAGCCAUGAACAUUCGGCUUCGAAACCGCCAGGCAGUUCGGGGGAAACUUGGGGAGCUUGUCGAUGGUCUGGUGGUGCCCUCCGCUCUGGUCACGGCAAUUCUGGAGGCGCCAGUGACAGAGCCCAGGUUCCUGGAGCAGCUGCAGGAGCUGGAUGCCAAGGCGGCCGCAGUCCGGGAGCAGGAGGCCAGAGGCACAGCUGCCUGCGCAGAUGUCAGAGGCGUGCUCGACCGGCUCCGGGUCAAGGCAGUGACGAAAAUCCGAGAGUUCAUCCUUCAGAAGAUUUAUUCCUUCAGAAAACCAAUGACCAACUAUCAGAUCCCCCAGACGGCCCUGCUGAAGUACAGGUUCUUCUAUCAGUUCCUGCUGGGCAAUGAGCGAGCCACAGCAAAGGAGAUGAGGGAUGAAUAUGUGGAGACGCUGAGCAAGAUCUACCUGUCUUACUACCGCUCUUACCUGGGGCGGCUCAUGAAGGUGCAGUACGAGGAAGUCGCUGAGAAGGAUGAUCUAAUGGGCGUGGAAGACACAGCAAAGAAAGGAUUCUUCUCGAAGCCAUCCCUCCGCAGCAGGAACACCAUCUUCACCCUGGGGACCCGUGGCUCUGUCAUCUCUCCCACUGAACUGGAGGCCCCCAUCCUGGUGCCUCACACUGCCCAGCGGGGAGAUCAGAGGUAUCCAUUUGAGGCCCUUUUCCGCAGCCAGCACUACGCCCUCCUGGACAAUUCCUGCCGUGAAUAUCUUUUCAUCUGUGAAUUCUUUGUUGUGUCUGGCCCGGCUGCACACGACCUCUUCCAUGCCGUCAUGGGCCGGACACUCAACAUGACCCUGAAACACCUGGAGUCCUAUCUCGCUGACUGCUACGAUGCUAUUGCUGUUUUUCUCUGUAUCCACAUCGUCCUCCGAUUCCGCAACAUUGCAGCUAAGAGGGAUGUGCCCGCCCUGGACAGGUACUGGGAACAGGUGCUUGCCUUGCUGUGGCCACGCUUUGAGCUGAUCCUGGAGAUGAAUGUCCAGAGUGUCCGAAGCACUGACCCUCAGCGCCUUGGGGGCCUGGAUACUCGGCCCCACUAUAUCACACGCCGAUAUGCAGAGUUCUCCUCUGCCCUUGUGAGCAUCAAUCAGACCAUUCCGAAUGAACGGACGAUGCAGCUGCUAGGGCAGCUACAGGUGGAAGUGGAGAAUUUUGUCCUCCGAGUGGCAGCUGAGUUCUCCUCUAGGAAGGAGCAGCUCGUGUUUCUGAUCAACAACUAUGACAUGAUGCUCGGUGUGCUGAUGGAGCGGGCUGCAGAUGACAGCAAGGAGGUUGAGAGUUUCCAGCAGCUGCUCAAUGCUCGGACACAGGAAUUCAUUGAAGAGUUGCUGUCUCCCCCUUUUGGGGGUCUGGUGGCAUUUGUGAAGGAGGCUGAGUCUUUGAUUGAGCGUGGACAGGCCGAGCGACUUAGAGGGGAAGAAGCCCGGGUUACUCAGCUGAUCCGUGGCUUUGGUAGUUCCUGGAAAUCAUCGGUGGAAUCUCUGAGUCAGGACGUCAUGCGUAGUUUCACCAACUUCAGAAAUGGAACCAGUAUCAUCCAGGGAGCAUUGACCCAGCUGAUCCAGCUCUAUCAUCGCUUCCACCGGGUGCUGUCUCAGCCCCAGCUCCGAGCCCUCCCUGCCCGGGCUGAGCUCAUCAACAUUCACCACCUUAUGGUGGAACUCAAGAAGCACAAGCCCAACUUCUGAUGUGCCGGACCCUCGGAUCCACCAGCCCUCUCCUGGACUUCUGUACCCCACACCAUACCCUUCUUCACCUGCGGUCCCCUUCCAGUUCUCCCCUUGCUUCCCGGGUCCUUCAUUCCAGGAUCCUGCCUUCAUUCCCAGGACCCUGCCUCAUCAGAAUAAGCUGGAUCCCCCUUGGCUUUCUGAAUCUCCCAGUGUCUUCAGGUUUCCCAGGACUGCUUCCCCCUGGGCUUCCAAAACAACCUUUUUCAUUUUCCCAAUUUUGUCACCCCCCCCCCCACACACACAACACACACACACCCAAGACUCUUUUUUUCCACCAGUAAAACCUUCACUGCCUCAGUCUCUGGUUCACUCAAUGCUUGUCACCGUAGCCUGAGGUGUGAAGCCUCAUCUCUUGGAAUUGGUGGCAUGGGGACAAUGCCUCUAAGUCAUUGAUUUUUUUUUUCAGUCUAAGUGAUUUCUGUAGCUUUUUGACCUAAGAUCUCAGCAACUUGAACACUAACCAAUCCCCUCCUGGCUUGAGAGUUACUCCAAGGUCAGUCUGCAGAAAACAAUAAAUAUUUAAUAUGACAUAA